AUGGAACCUGGCCCCUCCAUAGCCACGCCUUUGUUCGAUGUUUUAGCCAGAUUUCGAGCCAACAACAUAGCUUUUAUUGCUGAUAUAGAAAAAGCUUUUCUACAAAUAUCCUUGUUUCCAGGCCAUCGAGACUAUGUAAGAUUUUUGUGGUUUAAGAACAUUGAUACUAUAGACUUUGACAAUUUUGAUAAUAACGUUUUAGAGGAAUGGCGAAUUUGUAGAGUUUUAUUUGGUUUAACAGCCUCGCUAUUUUUGCUGAACGCAACGUUUUCGAAAAAUAUUAAAAAUUAUGAUGACAUUGAUCCUAAAUUUACCGAACGAUUUUUAAAUUCUUUACAUGUCGAUGAUUUAAAUGGCGGCUCUACAAAUGUUGACGAAGGGUUUACGUUUUAUUGUAAAGUUAAAGAUCGUUUAGCAGAAGCAAGUUUUAAUAUGUGUAAAUUUCAGUCCAAUGCUCCAAAACUUGAAGCUCUCGUUAACGAACGUUACAAAGGGCCUCUUGAGGUAAACCAUGAAGGCAACACAACAAAAGUUUUGGGAUUACAGUGGCUUAAAGAUAGUGAUAAAAUUGGGUUUAAUUUUAAGAAGAUAAAGCAGAAAUUUCAUGCGAAGCCCGAUACAACGAAACGCAACGUAUUACAAGCAAUAGCGUCAAUUUUUGAUCCACUUGGCUUGAUAAAUCCUGUUAUCGUUAAAAUGAAAACCUUUUUUCAAGAUUUAUGUAUUAAGAAUGUAAAGUGGGAUUCUCCUUUAUCGGCAGAACACUUAGAGAUAUGGUCAGGUAUUGUGCAAGAGUUACACGAAGUCCCCUCUAUUCAAAUUGAUAGAAAUUAUUGUUAUAAUGAUGAGAACGAUCCGUAUAAGUCUGUCCAAUUACAUGGUUUUAGUGACGCGUCUAAAGCAGCAAACGGAUGUUGUGUUUAUAUUCGAUUUGAAACAGAAUCCGGUAAGAUUAAAACUGCUUUGGUAUCGAGUAAAUCGCGUGUUGCUCCAAUUAAGUCACAAACCAUACCUCGCUUAAAAUUAUUGGGAGCUUUAAUGUUAGCAAGACUGUUGGAUACAGUCUCCCGUGCUUUAAACAAUGUUUAUCCAAUCGAACGUAUAUUUGCGUGGAUUGAUUCUAGUGUUGUGUAUUCUUGGAUUAAAAACAGUGAUAAAAUUUAUAAACCUUUCGUACAAAAUAGAUUGACUGAGAUAAGAAGAUUAUUUGAUGUAAAAUGCUUGAAAUUAGUUGGCACUAAUGAUAAUCCUGCCGAUAUUUGUUCCAGAGGUUCUUCGCCAUUAAAGCUCUCCACUAGGAGUCUCUGGUUUGAGGGUCCAGGUUUUCUAACUUUACCAGAAAACGAGUGGCCGCGUCUGCAAGUUGGAGACAAGUUCUUGCCGGAGUCUUCCUGUGCAGAGAAACUUUCAUUGAAUGUUAAUACAGAGUUCACGUGUUUAAAAAGUGACUCUGAUGUAGUUAAUGAUCCUUGUUUAUCUGAGAUCAGUAAAGUUGAUAAUUAUAAUAGUUUUAAAAAAUUGGUGCGCGUUACGGCGUAUGUAUUACGAUUUAUAAGAAGAUGUAAAGAAGAAAAGAAGAGAAAUGAAAAGAAGACUACUAACACAUUAUUACUAACAAAAAGGGAGUGGCCCGAAGAUUUGUCGGUGGAAGAGAUUAAGUUUGCGAAAUUCAAGUGGUCAAAAUUGUUUCAGUGGGAGGUCCAGAAUAACAAGAAUUUUGAAGUAGAAAAAGUGAAACUUGGUCUUUUUAAGGAUGACGAUGGAGUUCUGCGAUGUAAAGGUCGUGUACAAAAUUCACCUUUACCAUACGACACUCGGCAUCCAGUGUUUUUACCUACACAAUGUGAGCUUCUGCCUCUUAUUGUUUCGGAUUCACAUCGUGCUGUUGGUCAUAAUGGACCACGUGACACUCUUUGUCACGUGCGUAAACAAUUUUGGAUACCGCGUCUCAGACAAGUUGUAAGAAAUUUAUUACCUGUACAUUGUAUAAAAGAUAUGAAAGUAAAUACUUACCCAAGUCCGUUGUAUAUACGAGAUAUUUAUUCACGUUCUGAUGUACAUAAAGCGUGGAUUUGUUUGAUUACUCGUGCUAGCAGUAGAGCUGUUUAUUUGAAUAUUACUCCGAAAGUUAUCAACUCAGACAAUGGUUCUAACUUCAUUAGUAAAGAAGUUCAACAUUUUGCAUCAUCGCAUGGCAUUAAGUGUUGUUUUAAUAUUGAAGCUGCGUCCUGGCAGGGUGGAUAUUUCGAAAGGCCGUUAUUUGAAAAAAGUACUUUUAAAACUUUAGUUGAUUAUGAAGAGAUAUUGACUAUUUUUAUCGAUUAUGAAGAAUACGAUGGCGAAAAAAGUGACGAUUUGACAGUUCGCGCGAAGUACAUAAAAACUGUGCUCGAUCAUUUUUGGAAACGUUGGUUAAAUGAAUACGUUGUCGAUUUAUGCGAAUUUCACAAACAGAAGAAGAAAAAGCUACAGUCCUCUUACGAAAUUAAAGUAAACGAUGUUGUUCUUAUACACGAUGAUGUUAGAGCAAAAUGGAAGAUAGGUAGAGUAAGGAAAUUGUUGAAAAGCAAGGACGCUCGUAUACGUGCAGCAAAGUCUGAUCGCGACUACGAGAAUGACAAGGAAGAUAACGACGAAAUUAAAAUUGACUUUGUAAACGAAGAUGACAUCAUCGCUUUUGGUGGGGAGUGUUAA